UUGCCUCCACAUUUUGUAUUGCUAGAAGGCUAGAGACUUAUUUCUUCUCCUCUUCCUCCUUUUCUUUUCAAAAAGAUAGCUCAUGGUCUGAGAUGCGGUGAAGUCCAGCCCAUUUCCCCACCCGUCCUACAGAUUCUGUAACAGAACAAUGUAUUUGCUUUGUUGGAUUUGCUGCAGCUUCUCAUUUAGAUGGACAGAACUUGGCAGAAGACCAAAGGGUUACUUCCGAUCUCUCAGAGGCUUCCUGAGAGCACAGAUGGAUGAGCAAGACUCAGCUGGCCCUGGAACAGGAAGAGGCCAUGCCAUCAAAACUGGGAGCAGUGGGGGAUUCUGGGAAAACUCUGUGCAGAAGAUCCUGGGUGAGGAGGACACCCUCCGCUCAGAGGUGCAGAGCCAGCAGUUGAGGCAGUUCUGCUGCCAGGAGGCCAAAGGACCCCGAGAGGUUUGCAGCCGACUCUACCACUUUUGCCAUCAGUGGCUGAAGCCAGAAAGGCACACGAAAGCUGAGAUGCUGGACCUGGUGAUCUUGGAGCAGUUCCUGGCUGUCCUUCCCCCAGAAAUGGAGAGCUGGGUGAGGGAAUGCGGAGCGGAGACCAGUUCCCAGGCGGUGGCCCUGGCCGAAGGUUUCCUCCUGAGUCAGGCAGAGGAGAGAAAGCAGGGAAAGGAUCUCUUUGCAGAAAUGGACCUGGAUUCCUGUGAGGCAGAGAGGCCUCCGUUGGACACCAGAGUGAGGCCGCUGGGUGGCAGAAGGAUGCCGGCAAGACCUCCUGAUCUGCCUUUUCAUGGGGGCAGAAGGGAAGCAGCGGCUGUGGAACCAGAUCAGGGUCCAGUGUGCUUUGAAGAUGUCGUUGUUCGUUUCACGGACGAGGAGUGGGCGUUGCUGGAUCCUGACCAGAGAGCUCUGCAUAAGGACGUCAUGGAGGAGAAUUGUGGGAUCAUGUCCUCUCUUGGUAAGGCUCCCUGUGGGAUCGUCAUAUCUGCCUGGAAAUUCAAAAAAUACGUCUAUGGACCAACCUCAUAUAUUUUCACAGAGCUCAACAGCGCCCCCUAUAACACCUGGGAACCUAACACCCCCACAAUAAAAAGUAACUUACAGUUUUUUCUUUGAACAA